UUUUUGAGUCAAAUGGAUUGAAAAUUAUUAAUUUUUUACGGAAAUAAUGGAAAUUGAACAGCAAAAAGUUAAUAUUGUGAUAAAAUUUGGUCAUUCUGAAGUGCCAUCGUUCGAGAUUUCAUCAAAAAAUGACAAAUCAAUGGAAAAUAUGAAAGUUUUGAGUGCUUUUGGAGAUGCGGCGAACGAAAUUCAUUGCCGGAAAUGCAGUCAAACGUUGCAAAUUAACAUUUUUUGGGCAGAAAAGUCUGAAAUUGAAGUCAAACAGGCCGAAAAUUCACCAAAAAAUAAAAAUUUCGGAUUAGAAGUCUCUCAAAUUGAGAAAAUUUCGGAAAAUUAUAGCUGUGAUAUUUGUCAAAAGUCGUGUAAAGACCAAAAAAGUCUAAAAUCUCAUCGAAAAUUGCACUUUUUUCAACUUUUGAACGAUGAAACAUGCGUCGGAUGUGAAAAAACCUUCAAAACUCCCGAAAAACGUCUUUUACAUACCUCAAAUUGCCCGAAAAAAGACAAAAUUAAUCCAAAUUCCUGCGCGCAUUGCCCUCACAUCGCUCGUAAUUUCACCAGAUUACGUUUUCACAUCUCCUCGAAGCACGGUCCAUGCAAAAAGACCCAAAAACCUUCCGUUUUGUGUCAUCUUUGCUCUCAAACUGUCCUCAAAGAGCAUCUCGAGAACCAUUUACGACGUCAUGAGACCUCUGACGGCAAGGCUUACGAGUGUGAUCACUGCGCGAAACGAUUUUCUUCCGUUUCUGGCAUCAAAGAGCAUCUCACGAGACUCCAUUUUCCUCAUUUAGCGAACUUCAAGUGUCAAUUAUGCGAUUUUGGGACACGAACUGAGCACAUUUUCAAGUUGCAUCUCUCGCGAAAGCACGAAAUCGGCGAAAAAUCGGCAGAAACGAACUUUGUGUGUCCCAUUUGUCGUCAAAUUCUGAAGACACGGGGAUCGUUAAGGCAGCAUAUCGUGAAUUUCCAUACAAAUCCGCAGGAAAAACGAAUUUACAACUGCGAAACGUGCAAUAAAAGCUUCUUUUCGAAGUACAAUUUGGAGAAACACGAAUUUAUUCACAAGCCAGAUGAGGAAAAACCCUUCAGAUGUCGAGAAUGUGGCAAAGGAUUCGGAGAUAAGCAUAAAUUUCAGCAACAUUUGGCGUGUCACGACACAAAAACGAGUAAUUUGUAUUGUUGUCCGACUUGCGGGAAGGGGAUGAAGUACAAACAGAGCUUGGAGACGCACAUGAGGAUCCAUACGGGCGAUACGCCGUACGAAUGUCAAGUUUGUGGAAAGAAAUUCGCGGAUCGGGGCAAUUAUCGGCAACAUUUGAAGCAGCAUGAGAAGGCGAUGAACGUUAAAUUGACUUUUACGGCUGAGGAAAGGAGACUUAUGAAGCUGAAGUUGUUGGAUCCGGAACAAAUUUCUUUUGUUCAGAAAAAUUAAUUUUAAUU